UUAAUAACAACUCCACAGUAAUGACGAUGAUCUACGGCACCACGACCACCCCAUUCCCAUCCCCAGCAGCAGCUUCCCCGUCCUCCUCCGUCAGGGCCAGGGUCCCGGUCGGCCUUCCCCCCCGGCCCCUUCCUCCGCUUCGCUGCGCAUCCUCCUCAGGAAUGGAGCCCGGCGCUGGCACUGCCCUGUACCCUCUGCACCGCUGCAAAACCAUUUACCUGGUCAGGCACGCCCAGGGCAUUCACAAUGUCGCAGGCGAGAAGGAUUUCAACGCCUACAAGUCGCAUGACCUCUUCGAUGCGCAGCUCACUCCUCUGGGUUGGAGCCAAGUUGAUGGUCUGCGGGAGCACGUGAAGAAAAGUGGACUUGCAAAAAAAAUCGAGCUCGUUAUCACUUCCCCUUUGCUGAGGACUAUGCAAACUGCAGUGGGGGUCUUUGGUGGUGAAAACUAUACUGAUGGUGUAAAUGCACCACCACUAAUGGUUGAAAAUGCUGGACACAGUGGACGUCGGGCGAUUUCAAGUUUGAACUGCCCACCAUUUCUUGCUGUUGAAACCUGUAGAGAGCACUUGGGUGUCCAUCCCUGUGACAAGAGGAGGAGCAUAACAGAAUACCGGCCUCUCUUUCCUGCUAUUGACUUUUCAUUGAUAGAAAACGAUGAAGAUGUUCUUUGGGAACCAGAUGUUAGAGAAGCAAAUGAGUCUGUGGGGCUGAGGGGUAUGAAGUUCAUUGACUGGUUAUGGACAAGAGAAGAGAAGGAGAUAGCUAUUGUCAGUCAUAGUGGCUUCUUGUAUCAUACCUUGAACAUGUACAGCAAGGAGUGUCAUCCAACCAUAAGAGACGAAGUUGGCAAGCACUUUGCAAACUGUGAGCUCCGGUCGAUGGUGUUGGUUGACAGGAGUAUGCUUGGGUCGGAUUCCCCGAGUUUCAACUACCCUGGCAAGAUUCCAGCCGGACUCGAUCUUCCUAGCGACGUUGCAGACGAGAAGCAUCUUGAGGAAGCUCAGAAGAACUGAUGAGCCUGUCUGAGGCUGUUGAGCAUUGAUGCCUUGAUUCUUUUAUCAACUCACUCUGACCCUGUUCAAGUUUGUGUUGAAGAAGACAAAGCUAAACAAUCUCUACAGAUAGGACUUACGGGUUGUUAAUUGAGCAUGAAUUACGGAAUGUAUUACGUCUGUUAUGUAUUACGAAAUGUAUUGCGUCUGUUAUGUCAGCCCAUAUUGAAAUUCAGGGUAUUGAAAUCCAUAGCAAUAAUACCUACGGUACAUGACAAAAUUCUCUUGGUUGCUUGUGUUGUUCUAGGAUGAUACCCAAGAGUUGCAUAUCUGAUUUCUGUUGGAUGGUGAUAGAAAUGAUGUGUGGUUUGUUCAUCUUAA